CAACCAUUGCAACUACUGAUUCCUAAGCAUUGCAAAUAUCCGCUGAAUCAUACGUCAUUCUUCUUUGUCUUUGGGUUUGGAUUAUCAAUUCCCAGGAUCUAGUUGGGACGCUUUCGUGAUCGCGGGGUAUAUAUAUAUCCGGUUCUUUGUUGGAGUUGCGAUUUGCCUUGGGACUGUCGAUCUUACUAUAUAGCACAUUUCCUCCGACAUAACCGUUGUAACCUGUUAAUUCAAACCAGCCCAGACCGAACCAUGACAGACCAAUUCGCAUACUCAUUUCCCUGGCCUCUGGAAGGCCACGAGGGCCAGGAGCCUCUAUCCGAAGAAAAGAAUGAAGACGGAAAAUCUCUCAAAAACCCCCAACAUGGCAUCGUCAGCAAAGCAUACGAGGAAUUCCCCGACCCCUUGACGAAAGGCCGUCGCGGGGGGUUCGAUAUACACAUCUAUCAUUUUCAGAAUAACCCAGACCAGGCAGCAUACGCCCGGGCUCUCUGGGAGAGAAUCAGACGGGAGUUCCCCGAACUCCGCAUCUACCGCUUCUUCGACCAACCCGUCGGACCGCAUCCAGUCGCCAUGUUCGAGGUCAAUAUCUUCACGCCGGCGCAGUUCGGCGCCUUCAUUCCGUGGCUGAUUGUCAACCGGGGGCCGCUGAGCGCACUGAUCCAUCCCAAUACCGUGGAGUUGGAGGAAGAGCGCAAUCACACUCAGCGGGCGACGUGGUUGGGAGAGAGGAUUCCGCUGGAUCUAAGGCUUUUUAAGCUGAUGAAGGAAGCGCACGAGAAGCGGGAGUUAGAGGCGGAACAGAAGGGGAAGCAGAGUCUAUGAAUGUCUCUUGUUUGGUUUGGGAUGUGGAAGUGCAUUGGUAAUUGAAUUCAAAUGUUAUUCAUUCUUCGUAUGGGCGUCGCUAGUGCCGAAUAUAUAGUUCACUUGGGCCG